ACUUUGAACUCUGACAGCUCUGAACUGUCCCAUGGUGUUGGCAUUGGCAACUCUUUCACUUCACACACACACCUUACUUUCUUUCUUCAUUUCUACAACCACACUUGAACCAGCCUUUUUAAGACCAAAGUGAGAGAAACAUAGAGAUAGCAAAAAUAAAAAAAAUAAAGCAAGAGUUGGAUUAAAUAGGUACUAUACUAUUGCAUGACAUAGAUGCAUUGUUGGAACAGAAGAAGUUGAAGACAUGUCCGGCCACUGGGGGAUUCUUGUUUCAGAUCCAUGGCUUCAGAACCAGUUCACACAAGUGGAACUACGCAGCUUAAAAUCCCAUUUCAUGAGCAUGAGGAGGGAGAGUGGGAGGCUUGUGAUUGCGGAUUUGGCUUCGAAGAUGUCAAGGUUGAAGGUGGUGGGAGAGAAUCUGAGUGAAGAAGAGAGAGCUUCUUGUGUGAAGGAUUUGUAUCAAAACACUGAGGAUGAAGUUGAUUUUGAAUUGUUUCUUAAGGUCUACUUGAAACUCCAAGCUUUUUCAAAUUCUAGAACUGGAAGUAGUCCAAAGAAUGCCUCAGCUUUCCUCAAGGCAGCUACAACCACAUUGCUUCACACAAUUAGUGAAUCUGAGAAAGCAUCAUAUGUAGCACAUAUAAAUCACUAUCUUGCAAAGGAUGAGUUCCUUAAGAAAUAUCUUCCUAUUGACCCUUCAACCAAUGAGCUCUUUGAAAUUGCAAAAGAUGGUGUUCUUCUUUGCAAGCUUAUCAAUGUGGCAGUUCCAGGGACCAUUGAUGAACGAGCGAUCAAUACGAAAAGAAUACUCAAUCCAUGGGAAAGGAAUGAAAAUCACACACUUUGCCUCAACUCUGCUAAAGCAAUUGGAUGUACAGUGGUUAACAUUGGCACUCAGGACUUCAUUGAAGGAAGGCGUCACCUGGUGCUUGGGGUGAUUUCUCAGAUUAUUAAGAUACAAUUAUUGGCGGACCUUGAUCUGAAGAAAACUCCUCAGCUUCUUGAGUUGCUUGAUGAUAGUAAGGAUAUGGAAGAGUUGAUGAAUCUACCACCAGAAAAGAUCUUGUUAAGGUGGAUGAAUUUCCAUCUGAAGAGAGCAGGGUACAAGAAGAUUGUCACUAACUUCUCCUCUGAUGUGAAGGAUGCUGAGGCUUAUGCACACCUUCUAAAUGUUCUUGCACCUGAAUACAUCAAUCCCUCCACAUUGGCAGUUAAAAAUCCCUUUGAGAGAGCAAAGUUAGUUCUAGAACAUGCUGAUAAGAUGGGUUGCAAGAGAUACUUAACUGCAAGAGACAUUGUGGAAGGAUCUCCAAAUCUUAAUCUUGCCUUUGUUGCACAUAUUUUCCAGCAUAGGAAUGGACUUUCAGCUCAGACAAAACAACAGAUGUCUCUCCUUGAAACAUUUCCAGAUGAUACUCAAGACUCUAGAGAAGAAAGAGCAUUUCGCCUUUGGAUGAAUAGCCUUGGAAAUUCAACAUAUAUCAAUAAUGUCUUUGAGGAUCUCCGAAACGGGUGGGUUCUUCUUGAGACUCUUGACAAGGUGUCACCAGGGAUUGUCCAUUGGAAGAUUGCCAACAAGCCUCCAAUUAAGAUGCCAUUUAGAAAAGUGGAGAACUGCAACCAAGUUGUGAAAAUAGGGAAACAGCUUAAAUUUUCACUGGUAAAUGUUGCUGGAAACGACAUUGUGCAGGGAAAUAAAAAGUUAAUACUAGCUUAUUUGUGGCAAUUGAUGCGAUACAACAUUCUACAACUUCUCAAGAACUUGAGAUUUCACUCUCGUGGGAAGGAGAUAACUGAUGCUGAUAUUUUAGAAUGGGCCAACAGCAAGGUUAGCAGCUCCGGAAGUCAAAGCCGCAUGGACAGUUUUAAGGAUAAAAGUUUAUCAGAUGGAAUAUUUUUCCUUGAGCUUCUAAGUUCAGUGCAGCACAGAGCAGUAAAUUGGGGUCUUGUAACAAAAGGAGUAACCGACCAAGAGAAAAAGAUGAAUGCCACCUACAUUAUCAGUAUUGCAAGAAAGCUUGGAUGUUCUAUAUUCCUGCUUCCUGAAGACAUCACUGAGGUGAAUCAGAAAAUGAUUCUGACACUAACAGCUAGUAUAAUGUCUUGGUGCUUAAAGCAUCCUCAUGAUGAAAGAACAGUGGGAACUUCAGAUAAUGAGAGUGGGAGCCAAUUGGAAACUACAUCAAAUUCAACGCUGGAUGAUUCUGCAUCUGAUUCAUCAGUAGAUGAAAAUGGGAACAUGUAAAUGUGUAUAUAUAUAUAUAUAUACACACUAUGUCUUGAGUGAACUGGUUUUAUACAUAUAAUAUAUAUAUAUUUGAACCACUCAUUUUAGUUGAUCAGAAGAUCAAUGUAUGACACUAGGUAAUUUAAUGGUUUCAAAGCAAAUUUUAUUCAA